AUGUCUGCCCCAAUCCAGGAGGAACAGGAGUUACCUUCAAACUACACUGGUCCAAAAGGCGUCAUCACAGACUGGAGGAGGUUUAAGUUGGACAGCGUGGACCAAACUGUUCCCCAGAAGAAGAAAGAACUGCUGCGACAGAUGUCCACCCCCCGAGAAGACGACAAGGACAGAGCCAACAGAAAGAUGAGUGUGCAGGAGUACGAGCUGCUUCAGGAGGAGGACGAGCACAGUCUGAAGAGAUACAGGAAGCAGUGCAUGCAGGAGAUGCACGAGCGCCUCAGCUUUGGGCCCCAGUUUGAGACGGUGCAGGAGCUGGAGAGCGGGGAAGCCUUCCUGGAGGUCAUCGAGAAGGAGAACCAGCGCACUCUAGUGGUGGUGCACGUGUAUCAGCAAGGAAUCACGGAGUGUGAGCAGAUGAACUCGUGCCUGGACUGUCUGGUUGUGGAAUAUCCCAAUGUAAAGUUUUGUCGCAUUGACGCCGUGGCGACAGGAGCAGCCGAGCGCUUCUCCUCAGAUGUGCUUCCAGCCCUGUUGGUGUACAAGGCUGGGGAGCUGCUGGGAAACUUUGUGGCGGUCACUAAACACUUUGCAGAGGAGUUCUUCGCUACAGACGUGGAGGCCUUUCUCAAUGAGUACGGCCUGCUGCCAGAGAAGGAGUUCAAGGCCUGUGUGGAGAGCCAGGAAGCAGAGCAGGUCGAAUAG